CCGGGUAUACCUGCUUAUGCCCGUAUCCCUCGGCUGCAGACGACAGACAUGGUCGGCUGGAGAAGCAAAUGUUGACAAUGUUCUUCACGUAUUUUGCAGUUUGAGCCCAUGUUCGCCUGACACCCUUUGGCACCAGAGUGGGCAUCGAGAUGGACUGGUUGGUGGGCUGUGUGGCAUUGGUCCACCUUGUUGUGGCACCAUACACGAAGGUAGAAGAGAGUUUCAACCUCCAGGCUUGUCAUGAUCUGCUCUAUCAUGGAAUACACCUCAGCCAGUACGACCACUUAGAAUUCCCAGGUGUUGUGCCAAGGACCUUUGUAGGACCACUUGUCGUUUCUGCAAUUGCUUACCCAAUUGUGGCCAUUAUUAAACUACUUGGCCUUUCUAAGUUUCUAGCCCAGUAUGUUGUGCGAGCAGUAUUAGGGCUUCUUGUAAUCUUGGCUUGGCGCCGUUUCCGAAAACAACUACAGGAGAGCUUUGGCCCGUCUGUUACCUUCUGGUUCACCCUCAUCACUGCCUCCCAGUUCCACUUCAUGUAUUACCUAAGUCGCCCACUACCCAAUACCUUUGCUCUCGCUAUAGCCCUCCUCACCUUCUCAUACUGGCUAGAGCAUCGCCAUGGCCCACUCAUUUGGACGUCAGGAGUUGCAGUCUUGAUAUUCCGAUCAGAGUUGUGUCUUCUUUUGGGGCCAAUGCUGCUGCUUGACCUUACGACUCGGAGACUGCUCACAGUUCCAUUCCUGAAAUAUGCAAUACCAGCAGGACUGUUGUGCCUCGUCACCACACUGACUAUAGACUCUUUCUUCUGGAAACGACUCCUAUGGCCUGAAGGAGAAGUCUUCUGGUUUAAUACAUACAAGAACCAGAGUCAUAAUUAUGGAACAUCACCCUUUUUGUGGUAUUGGUACUCAGCACUCCCUAGAGCCCUAGGCUUAAGUAUCCUUCUUGUCCCUUUUGGCAUUGCACUGGAUAAGAGACUGCAGGUUCUGGUAACUCCUGCUUUUAUCUUUGUGGCAGCCUACUCUAUCCUGCCUCAUAAGGAACUACGUUUCAUUAUCUACGUCUUCCCCAUUCUCAAUGUUGCUGCUGCCAGAGCAUGCCAUUUUCUCUGGGAAGGGAGAGACAAGUCUACCAGCCGUCAGCUCUUGGCUGUAGGGACAGCACUGCACCUGGUGGGUAAUGUGGUGUUCACAACCUUUUUGCUUACCAUCUCGGCCAACAACUAUCCAGGAGGUGUGGCUGUACAAAAGUUACAUCAGAUAGUUCCUCAGGAUAUGAAUGUCAGUGUCCACAUUGAUAACUUUUCAGCACAGACUGGAGUAUCAAGAUUCACACAGCUUCAUGAUCACUGGAGAUAUAACAAAACUGAACAUUUGAAAGCUGGAGGGCCAGAAUUAAGAUCAUUCACCCACUUGUUGGUUGAAGGCAAAUCCAAAUAUUCUUACAAUCUCAAACAUUACACAACCUCGCAUCAGAUCCUCACUUCAGUGGAUUCAUUCUCGCACCUGAGCUUCAAUUAUCAACAGUUUCCACCUGUGAAGGUAUUUUACAUGUUCAAGUUCCAAGGUUUUCAAAUAAUUCACUGUCUUUCUAAUUUAGAUUAAAGAUUCAGAUUUUUU